AUGAAACUUCCCUCUGUGCAACGGAUAUUCAUUCAACCACCUGAAUUCGAUGGGGAUACAUCCGCAGAAGAUUCUGCAGAUGAGGAUGAUGGGGGUAAACUAGACAAUUUACCGAAAACUCAGUUAGCUGGCUUCGGAGAAGCAGUGUUUUGGCUGAUGGCACAAGAAUGGGGGAUGAACAUGACGAAGUGCAAGCAUGGCUUCCUCCGUGGCAAAUCCACAACUACGGCAAUAGUACACCUGUCAGAAUUCAUCAUUGACCAACUUGAAGAAGGUGCGACUGUGACUGCCAUGCUGUUGGAUUUCAGUAAGGCCUUUGAUUGCCUAAACCACUCUCUACUUCUCCAAAAAGUAGAGAACAUGGGCAGUAGGGGAGCAUCACAAAACUGGCUUGCUAGCUACCUGAAGGAUCGACAACAACUAGUUGAAGUGCCAUAUACGACCAACAACAAACACAUCCCAUAA